ACGGUCCACUACCUGCAAUUGAUCGCCCUUGUUUCGGCGAUCCAGCAAACAUGGCCGAGAAUAAGAUGCGCGAGAUUAAGGUAAGCAAGCUCAUUUUGAACUGUUGCGUGGGUGAGUCGGGCGACCGCUUGACACGCGCGGCGCGCGUGCUCGAACAACUCACCGGGCAAGAACCCGUAUACUCGAAAGCUCGCUACACUUGUCGCGGCUUCUCGAUUCGGCGGAACGAGAAGAUUGCUGUACAUGUCACUGUUCGCGGCGAGAAAGCAAUGGAAAUUCUUGAGCGUGGUCUGAAGGUCAAGGAGUACGAGCUUAAUCGCAAGAACUUUUCGAUCACGGGCAACUUUGGAUUCGGUAUCACCGAGCACAUCGACCUUGGUAUCAAGUACGAUCCGACGACCGGAAUCUACGGCAUGGACUUUUAUGUCUGCCUGGAGCGUCCUGGGUUCCGUGUCGCGCGCCGCAAAGCUCGCCAAGGUAAAGUCGGCAUCAAACACAAGAUUCAAAAAGAAGACGCCAUCAAGUGGUUCCAGCAGAAGUAUGAGGGUAUCGUGCUCGGAUAAGUGCGCCUGCCCGCCGUGAAAGCACAGCCACGGCGAUGCCCAGGCGACGCCCCGGCACUGGCGAUGUCUAGGCGGCCCUAUUCCAUUCCGCUUAGAGGGCAUAAGCUAUCCCCCAGCUU